CCCGUCACGACGAUAUAAGCGAGAUAUAUUUUUCAUUUCAGGAGGGAUGAGUAUUCUUCCUGACUUGACACAUGGCCACGGUGCAGGAUCAAGCCUGCCGCUGCCUGUCCUCGUCAUUUCUGGAGUCUCGACUUUCGUCGCUGUGGUGGUGAGCGGACUGUCGAUAUGGCUACAAUUGAGGAACUACAGGAAGCCAUUCCUACAAAGGAUGGUUUUCGCCUCACUCAUCUCACUCUUCUCGCUGGAAGCUGCCUUCUUCAUUGACGCAAUCCGCGACAUAUAUGAGGCGUUUGUCAUCUAUUGCUUCUUCGUCCUCCUUGUCGAUUACUUAGGUGGCGAACGCUCUCUCCUCAUGAUGCUUCAUGGCCGCCCACCGAUCCCAGCAAUCUUCCCUGUCAAUCUAUGGCGUAGCGACAUUGACGUUAGCGAUCCAUAUACAUUCCUGUUCCUCAAGCGGGGCAUUCUGCAGUAUGUGCAGGUAAAACCCAUACUCGCGUUUGCGAGCCUGAUAAUGAAAGCCACUGGCACCUACAACGAGGGUGAUUUCCGCGCGCGAAGCGGAUAUCUGUAUGUAUCUAUCAUAUAUAACACCUCCAUCUGUCUCGCACUGUGGUGUCUAGCUGUAUUUUGGAUGUGUGUUAACGCAGACCUGAAGCCUUUCAGACCAGUACCAAAGUUCCUUUGUGUCAAAGGCAUUCUCUUCUUCUCUUUUUGGCAAUCUGUCAUCGUAUCCUCCCUAGUUGCAGUGGGCGCCAUCACCCGCCUCGGACCAUACACCGACAACGAACAUAUCUCCCUUGGUCUCACAGACACCCUCAUCUGCUUCGAGAUGCCGUUCUUCGCGGCAGCUCAUAUGUACGCAUUUUCCUAUCGCGACUUCAUCCACCCUCCCACUUCUGCGCCUCAGAAAGGGGGACCACCCAUAGAUAUCGUAGAAGAUACCCGAGUCACUCUCAAGGGUAAAGGCAUUAACUACCGAGCUUUCGAACCGAGCGAAGGUGGCAUGCACAUCGGUGCAGCGAGGGAACGUCGGAUCCGUGCCGGUCUUCGCUACUCGGCUGGUGGCAAGCGUAAAUACUGGUUACCGGAGGUGAGGGGUCUAAGGCGCCAUUGCUUGCGGAAGACUCCGAAGACUAUUUCCACUGCUCGUAUCCCAGGCGACGACGAGGAUGUUCCCGAUGACGACGAAAAAUACGUUUUUGGAGAUUAUUCAGUACCCUGUCGUGGACUGUUAGCUCGGACUGAAGCUCGCUGGGCGAUGUGGGAGGAAGAGGCUAGAGUGGUAAGGGAAAGUAUACAUGCUGUUUCGGGGAGGGACGAAUCCAAGCUACCUCCUAGAGGUACAACUAGGCCCGCCACGAAUUACGUGACUUCUGGAGAGCGCGUAGUUGAUUUCGGGGAAGGCAAUUCCGCCGAUGUCUCCGGGGGUGUGAGACUUGGGUGGACUAAUGCGAGAGUGAAGGGCAAGGAAGUGAGGUCCUCUCCACUACUUUCAUCCUCCGUGUCGUCUGGCAAUGGUCGUCGUCUCCAAAGUUCAUCUCGACCUUCGUCUUCUGGUUCAGGCUCGAAGUCACAACUCAGAGUAUCUUCCCCGAAGAUCGAAAGUAGUUCCGAGACGCACCCCAGCGUGCCUUCCGUGGAGCGCACAUCAUCACAAAAGUCUCAGUCUCGGUGGUUCCGCUCGAAAUCGCCUCGAGCGCCCCUUGCUGAGGAUGAUGCUGUCGACCUUAUCAUACCUACUGAUAGCCACUAUGUACCCCCAUCUCGUUCCAACAAUUCUUCGCAUUCUGCCGCACUGAUCAGAAUGAUGAUGACUGUUGCAGAGCUGAGCGAGCCCGAGGAUAUCAUUCGUGCACAGACGCCGCCUUAUUAUGUGCGGAACUCGUAUGAGGACGAGGGUAAUCCAUGGGCGUAGUAUAUUGUCCUGAGCCACCCCACUUCAUCGGUUUUAUUUUCACUUUGAAUUAAUUUAUUCGACGGUGUUCUUCGUUACAAGUGUGGAAUUAUGUACACAUUCUACAGUUGUUUCUACAGUACUUGACCAGUAUCGACGCACUUGUACAUGAAGCACUGCUG